CUUAUCGUGUGUUCGUCGGACUUCUUGUGUACUUACAUUUGUUUUCCGCAAUUUGCCUAAAAUCGGCAGCGGCGUUAUUGUUUUUAAUUGUAUUUAUCUUUUGACGAAUGUGGUGACAGACUUGACAGCUUCCGUUCUUUUCGUUCUUUAAUGAAAUCGGGGGAUUGUUUUUGACUUGACGUUGGGUGCUGUGGACUGUGUGGACUGUCCCGGUCCUGUGUUGUGAUGGCUGAUUACGGCAUCGUUGAAUAUUUCUACGAGCACAGCGGUCAUAGGUGUGGCUACUGCAAAUCAGAGUCGUCCAGUUUCAGCUGUGGGAUGUGGGCACACAGACUGACUGCGGAGAUAUAUGACAACUUAAUUAACCGGGGGUGGAGAAGGUCUGGCGAAUACUGUUACAAGCCAAUGAUGCAGAAGACGUGCUGUUGUCAGUAUGCCAUAAAGUUAGAUGUCCAGAAUUUUAAGAUUUCCAAAUCCCAGAAAAAGAUACUGAAGAGGAUGCACAAGUUUCUUUCCACUGGCAAAGGAGAUGACAACUUGAAGGCCGACGUAGAAAAGUACAGCCAUUGCGAGUCGGCAGGCGACAGCAUCAUGGAAAUGCCAGACUUUUCUCACAAGAAAUCGGAUGUGCAGAUAGAUCUUCCCAGCUUGAUACAAGCCACAGAUGCUUCGAAGGAGGAACAUCCUGCAGUCUCUUCAGACUCCAAAAUGCCAGGGAACGACAGACCCGAAGCUUUGCGUGAAACCACAAGCACUGCAGCCUGUGGCAACUCGGUGCCCAAAAAAGGCUUGGGACCGGAUCCAAACAAACCAAGGUGCCGAAAAGCUCGAGAGAUUCGAAGGGAAAGGAAGCUCCAGAAGUUGAUGGAAUUGAGCAAGGAUCCAAAUUCCUUCCCAGAGAAGAGUAUGUUGAGUACAAAGACGCCCAAAAAUGAACCAAAGACGCUGGAGGAUCUUUUGUUUGAGCCUCUUCCUGACAGUGCGGCCCACAAGCUGGAGGUGCGUCUGGUGCAGGAUUCUCCCGACUGCCCCGAGUUUGCAGACUCCUUUGGUUCAGCCUUUGCCACUUACUGCAGCUACCAGAGAGGCAUUCACAAAGACCCUCUGGAGAAGCUUAACGAACAGCGCUUCCGCCGCUUCCUAGUCAAUAGUCCUCUGCAGGUGCAGACGGUUAGCUCGUGCUCCGAGGCAGCGGAGUUUUACGACACAUUCCGGCAGUCUUGGGAGGUGUUUGCAAAGUACCAGAUGUGCAUCCACAAGGACACUGAGAGCGAGUGCAACAAGUCCUCCUUUCGACGAUUUCUGGUCGACUCACCACUGCAGCAACUCCUUCUCCCCCCACCACAGCAAGAACCGAAAGGUGCCUACAGCCUGGGCUCAUUCCAUCAGCAGUACUGGCUCGAUGGGGACCUGAUUGCCGUCGGAGUGAUUGACAUCUUGCCCACCUGCGUGUCGUCCGUUUACCUCUUUUACGACCCGGACUACAGCUUCCUUUCCCUCGGGACAUACGCUUCACUCAGAGAAAUUGCCUUCACACGGGAGCUGCAGAAGAUCUGCCCCAAGAUCAAGGACUACUGCAUGGGCUUUUACAUUCACACCUGCCCUAAGAUGAGGUACAAGGGCAACUUUUCUCCGUCGUACCUUCUGUGCCCCGAGACGUACACUUGGCACCCGAUAGAGAAGUGCAGGCCGCUUUUGGACAUCAACAAGUACUCUCGCUUCGAGCAGGACAGAAGCAAAGAGGACGAGAAUGCGGUGACAGACUUGAACGACGUGUCCAUCCUCUUCAAGAGGGGCGUCAUCCCGUAUGGACAGUACAGGCAGCUUAAGGGGAACUCCGACAAAGCGGAAGUGGAGGAGUAUGCCUCGCUGGUCGGCAAGAAGUGCAUCGAGAAGCUGUUUCUAUAUCGGAGCUCCUAAAGGUUCAAGACGCUCGUCGUGCAAACGACGGCGACUGCCUCCGGUUGCGCCACGUCACUAAAGUCAUGGGUAGUACGUGCCCAGCACCCCCGUCCUUUGCAUCGCCUAUAACUGCACGAGUGCGAUCGGCGGUGGUUGUAGUCGCCGACAGGAUGGCAAUGACAGGGAGUGUCUUUCUGACGCCCGGUCUCUGGCAAGCGCUUGGUGCCUCUUGCCGUGCCUCGGCUGCGUCUACACGCUCGAUGUGCACGAGACGUCGAAGCGUCAUCGAAGGUAUGAGGCUCGCACUGGAGGCAGGGCAACCAAAGCUCCUCCCUGCCGUUGCUACCUUGUCAGUAACCACAACGUCGGCGUCUUUGCACCAGAAGGCUUGAAGUCGAAGUCAAGAUCGAGUCGCCGAAGAGAUUGCGGGCUCGUAGCGCGAGGCCAAAUAGUGCCCCACCCCCAGCUUUAGUUGAGAUUGUCAGUUCCAAAGUCACAAGAGGAGCAGAACUGAACUUGAGAAAUGAAUACGAUGGUAGCAUUGAACUACACAGGUGCAAAGUGUUGAAAUAAAAUGAUGAACAUUC